AUGAAAGAAGAUGAUGUUAAACAAGCACUAUUAGCUAUUGAACGUUUAAUUGAUGUCAAAAAAUUAUGGUAUCGUAUACGUAUAGUACAUGUCAAAUACAUGGCCAACAAAAAUCUAUUUUUUAAUAAAUCAAAAGGAUAUAGACAUCAUUUAUUAUGGUUGUUGUACAUAAUCGUGUAUCGAAUGUACAAAAAUAUUCAUCAUUGUCUGAUCUAUUCCUUGAUAACAUUCCACAUAUUUAUGCUCGAUCAGCAUCUUGAUUGUACUCCAAAUAUAGCACUUCUGAAGAAAUUUUAUCUCACACGAAAUAAAAAGUCAUCUAACAUCAUGCUCAUUUCAACACCAUCUGGUAAUUCUCAUCAAUUAACCAAUAAUAUAAUAUCAUCAAAUGCCUUACAUACUUCACUUCCAUCAUCAUAUUCAACACCAUCAAACCCAUGUACAUGGUCAAUAAAACAAGUUGAAGAAUGGCUUAUAGAGCAUGAUUUAAAUGAUUGUGUUGAUUUAAUUUGUUAUCAACAUCGUAUGAAUGGACAACGUUUAAUGAAUUUAAACGAAGAAGAUGUUUUACAAUUAAAAGGUACAAAUAAAAAUAAUGAAUUAUGGUUACAAAUUAAAAAAUUACAACAAUUUUACUCAAGUAAUUAUCAUUUAUGGACACAAAGACAAUCAAUACAACAACAAUCUUUACCAAUGACAGCAUCACCUUAUUUAGCUUCACCAUCAUUACAAACAUCAAUACCACUACGACCUAUUCAACCACUAACACAAAUUCGCCCACCACCGCCACCUUUACCAUUUUCAUCACCAUCAAUUCCAUUGACACAAUCACAAACAUCAUUAACACCAUCGUCAUCAUCACAUACAACAAUACCAAUAAAUCAAAAUCAACCACAAGAACAACAAAAAAAUCCUUCUGCCUCAUUGCCAACAAAUCAAACUCAAACAGUAGCACCAACAACAAUGAUUCUUGAACGUGCACCAUCAACUGUAACACGUACAACAAAUCAUCAACAAUAUCAACGAAGAUCUUCUCGGAGUUUAUCAACAUCAAGUGGAUCUAUUAAUCUUCUGCCAUUACCAUCAACAACAACAACAACAGCACAACGUACAACGAAUACAUUAUUAAAUCUACAUUAUACACCAUCUGAUCAAAUUGAAGAUCAACCAAUAACUAGUUGUUGUUUUGCUUGUUCAAUACGUUCUGAUAGAAAAAAAACUUUAACAGCAUUUCUUCUUGCUCUUUGUACUUUAUAUUUUUGUUCAUUUAUGAUAACUAUUGUUGAUGAACGUUUACCAGAUCCAAGAAAUUUUCCACCAUUACCUGAUCUUAUACUUGAUAAUGUUAAACAAAUACCAUGGGCAUUUUCUGUUACAGAAAAAAUUAUUGUCAUUGAAAUGGUUACACUUAUAACAAUUAUUGUUUUUCAUCGACAUAGACUGAUAAUACUUCGACGUUUAUUAGCAAUAGCGGCAGCACUUUAUUUUCUUCGAAGUCUUACACUGGUUUUUACAUCAUUACCAGUGGCUACAGAAAUAACUGAUUGUCGACCUGAGAGAUUCAGUAGUUUUGGUGCUCGUUUAAAAAAGGCAACUUUAAUUUUUAUUGGUCAGGGAAUGUCAUCAUUUGGUGUUAAAACAUGUGGUGAUUACUUGUACAGUGGUCAUACAUGUACGCUUAUACUUGCUACACAUUUUAUAAACGAAUAUUCACCACGUUCAUAUCGUCUACUUCAUUUUCUCAGUUGGAUUAUGGCAUUAACAGGAAUGUUUUUUAUUUUGGCUGGUCAUCAACAUUAUUCAAUUGAUAUUCUUGUUGCAUGGGUACUUAGUUCUCGUCUAUUUAUUUAUUAUCAUACUCUUGCCAACAAUCGAACAUAUUUCCAACGAGAUAAAAAUCGAAUGAGAAUAUGGUUUCCAUUUUUUUCUUAUUUUGAAGAGAAUGUAAAACAAGCACUACCAAAUGAAUAUUGUUUACCAUAUAUUAUUAAUGAAGCACGUACGACGCUCAAGAGUUGGUUUGAUAAAGUUCGAUAUCCGACAGAUUGA